CGAGAGGAGCGGAAGCCGGAAGUUGCGGCCUGAUCUGCGCGUGGUGGAGAUGUCGGCUAGCGGGGCGGUGGAGCCGGGUCCUCCGGGGGUUGCCGCCGCUCCCUCCCCCACCACGGCCCUGGCUCCCGCCCCGGGACGCCUGUUCCGGCCUAUCAGCGCCGAGGACGAGGAGCAGCAGCCCACCGAGAUCGAGUCGCUGUGCAUGAAUUGUUACCGCAACGGCAUGACGCGUCUCCUACUCACCAAGAUCCCCUUCUUCAGAGAAAUAAUCGUGAGCUCCUUUUCCUGCGAGCAUUGUGGCUGGAAUAACACGGAGAUCCAGUCGGCAGGCAGGAUCCAGGACCAGGGAGUGUGCUACACUUUGCGCGUCCGGGCCCCGGAGGACAUGAACAGAGAAAUAGUGAAGACUGACUCUGCCACCAUAAGGAUCCCAGAGCUGGAGUUUGAAAUUCCUGCCUUUAGCCAGAAGGGAGCUCUGACCACCGUUGAAGGAUUGAUCAGCCGAGCUAUCUCUGCACUGGAGCAGGAUCAGCCUACACGAAGGGCAAAUAAAGAAGCCAUAGCUGAAAGAAUUGAUGAGUUCAUUGUCAAACUGAAAAAGCUGAAGCAUGUGGCCUCUCCUUUCACUCUGAUCAUUGAUGAUCCCUCAGGGAAUAGCUUUGUGGAAAACCCACAUGUUCCCCGGAAAGACGACGCCCUUUUGAUCACACACUAUAACCGGACUCCACAGCAGGAAGAGAUGCUGGGGCUCCAGGCAGAGGCACCAGAAAAGAAGCCAGAAGAGGAAGAUCUCAGGAAUGAAGUGCUGCAGUUUGACACUAACUGCCCAGAAUGCAAUGCUCCAGCUAAGACCAACAUGAAGCUAGUUCAAAUCCCUCACUUUAAGGAGGUUAUCAUCAUGGCUACGAACUGUGAGAAUUGUGGCCAUCGGACCAAUGAGGUGAAGUCUGGAGGAGCAGUAGAACCCUUGGGCACCAGGAUCAGCCUCCACAUCACAGAUCCCUCAGAUAUGACCAGAGACCUGCUCAAGUCGGAGACGUGUAGUGUGGAAAUCCCAGAACUGGAAUUUGAACUGGGAAUGGCUGUCCUCGGGGGCAAGUUCACCACACUGGAGGGGCUGCUGAAAGAUAUCCGGGAGCUGGUGACUAAGAACCCUUUCACACUGGGUGACAGUUCCAGUCCUGGCCAGAUGGAGAAACUUCAGGAGUUUAGCCAGAAGUUGGACCAGAUCCUCGAGGGUAAAAUGAAGGUCCAUUUGAUUAUGAAUGAUCCAGCAGGAAACAGCUACUUGCAGAAUGUGUAUGCACCCGAAGACGACCCUGAGAUGAAGGUGGAACGUUACAAGCGCACCUUUGAUCAAAAUGAGGAGCUAGGGCUCAAUGACAUGAGGACGGAGGGCUAUGAGACAGGCCUGGUCCCACAGCGGUAGCAGUGGGCAGUUGCCUGGCCAGCCUCCAGCUGCCAGCGCCGCUCAGACUGCAGGGUUAUUUAUUACUAUUGGAAAAGGCUGGGAGUGUCCUCCCCACCAGGCCUUGCUCAUGGCACACUUUCUAAACAGGUAGUGAUGAAAGUGCAAGCCUGUUGGAUUAUUUGACCUUGUUUUGGAAGUUUUGAAUCAGCUUGGAAAGAAACCUGGAAAUGAACCGUGGGGAGUGUCAUUAUCACUCUUUUCCAACAAGUCUUUGUCCUCCAUCCACACAAUGUUCUCUCCUCUAGGGUUGGAACUCUGAUGCUGAAGAACAUGGAGGACAGCUACAGCUGGAGUUUGGGUGUUGGCUUGGGGUAUAUAAAAUACUGACUUUGAACAGGAAGGGAGUUUUCUGAGGGAAGGGAGUCCAGCGCAGGUGAAGUUCUUAUUAAAAUGGUGGCUUUCAAACAGCACUCUGAAUUCACUGUCCUUGUUUGAUAUCAUGCUGGUAGAAUUCAACCUCCUGAAGAAAAUUUUCUCCACUGUAAUUUGCAGCUGGCAUUUCAUUCAUUCCUGCCUUUAUAGAUCUGCCCGGUAUACCACUGAACAGUGAACAAAAUAAAGCUCUGCUUUCAUGAAACUUAAA